AUGAAGUUCUCAACUUCCGCUACCCUCCUUUUCCUGGCUGUGGCCAAGGCCCAUCCUGAGGCUCUGUGGUGGGGCACUGAUGACUGCUUUCCCAGCCCGAACAAUUGUGACAAUCAGUGUUCUGAUGCGCAGCAAUUCGGCUUUGACUGGUCGGAUCUCAUGGACGGUGAAUUCUCCUCCUACGGAGGCUUAGAUUUCUCUGGCUUCUCCCGGGGGAAUCUCUUCGAUGGAGACUGCAUUGCAGGUAAACUUGGCAGGGGUUCCAACUCGGGUCUUCGCAUCUCUUCUGGCGGUAGCGGCACCUUCUCCAUCGGUUCUUUCCGUCUGUCUACUUCCAUGGAUGCCAACGUCAACAUCAUCUACGGCAUGCCGGAUGGGUCCUCUUGCAGGCAGGUUGCCUCUUGCUCCCCAUACGGCACUGAUGUCAGCAACGAGCAGUGCGGUGGUGCCACUUCCAUCCAGUUCGAGCUGCCUGAUAGCAGUGAUUUUGAAGACUGCGACUUGGGCAUCCACACUAUUGAGUUCGACUGCACUCCUGGCACCAAGCGUCCUAGCUACACCCCCGAGCUCCCCACUCCCACUCCGCCCGAGACAGUGUCCGGUGGCUCGUCCACUCCUUUGAUCCCCAUUUACACGCCCACUGGCGGGGUCCCAACUCCCUCUCCUAGCCAUCCGCCCAAGAUGACCACCUCUACUGUGUAUACUACUAGCGAGUUCACCAUCACCAGCUGUGCCCCCACUGUCACUAACUGCCCGGCUGACUCUACCACGGUGGUCACUUCAACCAUUGCCGUCUCGACCACUGUCUGCCCCGUUACUGAGACUGAGAGUGAGACUGGUAAUGUCCCCGUCCCUACCGGAGUCACCCCUGGAAGCUCUGUCAUCCCUGGAGGCUCUAUCACCUCUGGAGGAGGGUCUAUGACCUCUGGAGGCUCUGUCACCCCUACUGGCGGUGCUGUUACGACUCCCUCUCCUAGCCAGCCACCCAAGAUGACCACCUCUACUGUGUAUAGCACUAGCGAGUUCACCAUCACCAGCUGUGCUCCCACUGUCACUAACUGCCCGGCCGACUCUACCACGGUGGUCACUUCGACCAUUGCCGUCUCAACCACUGUCUGCCCUGUUACAGAGACUGAGAGUGAGACUGGUAAUGUCCCCGUCCCUACUGGAGUCAUUCCUGGAAGCUCUGUCACCCCUGGAGGCUCUGUCACUUCUGGAAGCUCUGUUACUGAGACAGAGAGUGAGACUGGUAAUGUCCCCGUCCCUACCGGUGUCACCCCUGGAAGCUCUGUCACUCCUGGAGGGUCUGUCACGUCUGGAAGCUCGGCUACUGAGACUGAGAGUGAGACUGGUAAUGUCCCCGUCCCUACCGAAGUCACACCUGGAAGCUCUGUCACUCCUGGAGGGUCUGUCACGUCUGGAAGCUCGGCUACUGAGACUGAGAGUGAGACUGGUAAUGUCCCCGUCCCUACCGAAGUCACGCCUGGAAGCUCUGUCACUCCUGGAGGGUCUGUCACGUCUGGAAGCUCGGCUACUGAGACAGAGAGUGAGACUGGUAAUGUCCCCGUCCCUACCGGUGUCACCCCUGGAAGCUCUGUCACCCCUGGAAGCUCUGUCACCCCUGGAAGCUCUGUCACCUCUGGAAGCUCUGUCACCCCUGGAGGCUCUGUCACCUCUGGAAGCUCUGUCACCUCUGGAAGCUCUGUCACCCCUGGAGGCUCUGUCACCCCUACUGGUGGUGCUGUUACGACUCCUCCUAGCCAGCCACCUAAGAUGACCACCUCCACUGUGUAUAGUACCAGCGAGGUCACCAUCACCAGCUGUGCUCCCACUGUCACUAACUGCCCGGCCGACUCUACCACGGUGGUCACUUCGACCAUUGCCAUCUCGACCACUGUCUGCCCCGUUACUGAGACUGAGAGUGAGACUGGUUCUGUCCCCGUCCCAACUGGAGUCUCCCCUGGAAGCUCUGAGACUCCUAGUGGUGGUGCUGUUACGACCCCAGCCGUGACUGGGCCGGCCCCUACCGGGGAUUUAACCACAACCAUUGUGACUUACGAGACCGUGACCACUUGCCCUGUUACCGAGACUAUCACUACGGGUGGCUCGACGACCACCUCGGUCUACACCACCGUCUCCACGGUGACCACGACCUCGGCCAGCGUUGUCGUUCCUACCGGCCAGGCUCCCGUGGCCACCCAGUCGGUGCCCUCGGAGCCGCAGCCGUCCACUCCCUGCCCCAACAUCGUGCCCAAGUGUAUCAAUACCUGGCUGCCUCUGCUCCCCAAGUGCGAUUCCAACGCCGCGAUCAGCUGCUUCUGCCCAUCCUCCGACUUCACGAACAAGUUCAUUUCCUGUGUGCAAGCGUGGGGUGGCUCCGAACAGGAGGUUCAGACCGCCCUGUCCUACUUCGCUGGUAUCUGCGCGCCCCACGUGUCGGAGAACCCUGGCAUUAUCACAGCCAUCCCAAGCACUAUCACUCUGUUGCCCACGCCUCCAGUUCCUGUCCCCACCGAUGUGUCGCCCGUCAUCACACCUGCUGUCCCGGCUCCCCAGCCCACCGGCGGUGUUCCUCCUGUCCCUGCUCCUGCUCCCCCAGGCCCUGCGACCACCGUCAUCUACGAUACUUACACGGUGACGGUACCCCAGGUGGGCUUCAGCACGGCGACGACGGGCUCCACGACCUCCGUGGGGUUGAUUCAUGGCCCUGCGCCGACGAACGUGCCUGCCGGCACCACCACGGCCAAGAACCCCUCUGUUACCUCGUCUUCGACCCUGGUGACCCAGCGUGGCAGCAGCAGCAGCACCACCUCUACCACGGCGCCAUCGUCCACAGUUGGUCUGUCCAACGGCGCGUCGUCUGCGUCGGCGAGUCUAUGGAUCCCAUCCGGCCCCGUCGAAGCCCAACUGGUCUUCUACUCCCCUCCUGCCGACAACUCCCCACCAUACAACUACGUCGAAACACCACCCCCAGGUCUGCCACAACGAAACUACAACGAAGAAACCCACAAAGUGACAAUAACUGACAUCCGACCACCCCCAAACUCAAACCCAGCCGAACCAACAACAACAAAAAUACCAGACUACACCCUGUCAACGUCAGCAUUUGAGAUCCUCUCCUCAAUCAGCACCUCCACCACCACCUCAACAUUCGAUUCUGACACAUCGAUCCGCGAAAGCUACUACCCCGAAAUCACCCAUCUUCUUCUCUCCCAUCUCAAUGCAGAGAAGGUGAUUAUCUUCGAUCAUACUAUUCGACGAGCGGCGGAUCCAGCAGCUCCGCGGGGUCCGGUACAUCGUGCGCAUGUUGAUCAGACGGCGUAUGCGGCUGCGGAGAGGAUUAAAUUACAUGUUCCUUCAUCAUUCUCCUCAUCCCCCUCAUCAUCCGACAAGGAGAAAGAGGAUGAGAAUAAGAAUGAAGAGGAGGAACUGAUCCGCGCCUGCCUGCAGGGAGAAAAAAGAUACCGAAUUAUCAACGUCUGGAAACCCCUUAACGGUCCUGUCGAAUCGAGUCCCCUUGCCUUUGCAAGCGCGGACACCGUCGACGUGGAGAGGGAUCUAGUCCCCGUGCAACAUCGAUAUCCCCAUCGGGUCGGCGAGACCAUGGCGGUGAGGUAUAAUCCGCAUCAGAAAUGGUUGUAUGUCUCUGGAAUGAGGGACGAUGAGCGGCUUCUGUUGCAGUGUUCGGAUAGUUGGGCUGAUAAGACUGGUGGGUUGAAGGUUGUGCCGCAUACGGCAUUUUGGGAUCCCAGGACGAAAGAGGAUGCGAAGCCAAGGGAGAGUAUUGAGGUUAGGACUUUGGUUAUUGGGUAG